UCUGAUAACCGUAGGGGAUUGAACACAAUGACGUAUUACCAUGUUUUAAUGGUGCUUCAAAUCUUCUAUUCUACUAGAUAUUAUCUUAUAGAUACAAUCCUAAUAUUAAACUUAAAUACAUCCACCAAGCCUCAGAAACAAUGUCGUGGUUUGAAUUCUGGAUAG